AUGGCACUCAUGAAACAACAGAUGCAGCAGAUGCAACAGACAAUCAACACACAAGAGGCUGCUCGCAAAGAAACAAGGCGCUCCCAUCGGAGAGCGGAACCUUCCGCCUUGGUGCAGAAGAAAACGUUCAACGGUCUCGCAGCUGAAAUCCCUUUGGACCACAUUGAGAAUUUCGAGAGAUCCAAAACCGCAGCUCUAAGGCAUAAGAUCUCAAAUUUCAAGCAAAAGACCAACGAACCUUUCUAUGAUGCUUGGGAACGUUACAAGGAAUACCGAAGGGAGUGCCCUCACCAUGGGUUUGAGGAUGACUAUAUUUUGGAAGUGUUCUAUGAUGGAGCGAGCUAUGAAUUUUUCAAUGCUCUAGAUUCCUCGAGCAAUAGGGAUUUCAUGACACAAACAACACCAGGUGCAUUCGCACUGGUCAAAAAUUUGGCGUCCAGCUCCCUCAACAAGAACAAGGAACAUGAUCGCUCCAAAAGCCUAAACAGCAUAGACGACCUUGCGGCUAAGGUUGACCAGCUGUUGAAAGGUAAUCAGAGCCAAGUGUUCAUCAUGGAGGAAGCUGCAUCAGAGAACAAUGUUUCAGACACUACAACUGAGGGAGACAACACCGUGGAUGAUCAGCAAGAAGUGAGCUAUGUUAAUGGACAAGGAUGGCAGUACAAGAACUACCACCCAAACCCUAACGUUAGGAACAAUCCUCACCUCUUUUCAUAUUCCAAGGCUGACAAUCCGAUUGACAACGCUCAGAACAGUCAAGGGAAGAACAGCGGCUAUCAGAAACCAUAUCAGGGGAGAACAUAUGUCCUGAGCCAGGCACAGCAUAACCAGUUCCAGAACGAGAAACAGCAAACUGCUCAACCGACCAUUCCUUCGCCUACAACUGCUCCGCAAGACGAAAUAAAGGGUCUAGCGACGAUGAUGCAGCAGCUGCUCCACGGGCAACAGAUUCAAUGGAAAGCGUUGAAUCAACUCACCACGGACAUCAACUCCAGGAUGAACCACAUGUUGAAUGACCUGAGUACCAAAUAUGAUAGCGUAGCCAGCCAUAUGCGCCAGAUGGAUGUUCAGAUCGCACAGACAGCUGAUAGCGUCAAGACACAACAAGCACUAAAGAGUGGAAGAAAACUACCGGAUAAAAUUCCCAAGAAGUUGUCAGCAGCGGAAAAGGGUAGGCAGAAAGAGGGUGAGCAACCAAGAUCUGAAGCACUUCCUUUAUCUGACGAGGAACCAGAACAGUCUGCUGAGACUGAUCCGACACCUGUCGCUCAACCAGUUGAGCAUGUUCCUCCGCGCGAAUACACCCCCAAGGUUCCAUAUCCUGUUCCAGCAAAGACGUCUCGCAAGGAUCAGGAGGAGACCAAGUGUAAACAGAUGCUGGAAGAUCUAACUAUCAAAUUACCUCUUGUAGAUGCGAUACAAAUGAUCCCUUCUAUGUGCAGCUUAAUGAAAGGUUUGAUCUCUGGUAAGGUGACUGGAGACAGUGAGCUACUGAUGGUUUCAAUAGAGUGCACUGCGGUACUUCAGAACAAGCCGAUAAAGAAAUUGGAUGAUCCAGGCAAGUUUGUUCUCUCCAUACAAAUCGGGAGAACUGUAUUCGCCUGUUCUCUAUGCGAUCUGGGUUCCAGCGUCAAUCUUAUGCCUUACUCUGUGGAAAAACGACUGGGCUUCACAAACUUCAAACCGACAAGACUCUCCCAGGUGUUCGCCGACAGAUCAGUCAAGUCACCGGUGGAUAUUCUGGAAGAUCUUCAUGUCCGAGUGGGGAACACUUUGGUUUCGACAGAUUUUGUGGUUCUGGAAGUUGAAGAAGAACCGAGAGAUCCACUCAUCCUGGGACGUCCCUUCUUGUGCACAGCUGGUGCGAUCAUUGAUGUUCGGCAAGGGAGGAUUGAUCUUCACCUAGAAGUUCGAAAUGAACAAAUUGCUGAAGAAACCGAUGCUAGAUGCGCAGACAUACACCGUUGA